GAUAAACAGAUCUGUUCACACCAACUAGCAGGGCUGCCUGCGUCAAUAAAAGGGGUAGCCAAGUCAGUGAGCUGACAUUUGGUGCUUGGAGGAUUAUCGUCGCAAAAGUCGCUUCACAUUACAGCUAAGUACAAUGCCAGGAUUUUUUUUUCUCCAUAACAACAUGACUGAAUUAAAUGGAAAGGAAGACUGCAAGCUUGCAGAAGGCAAAGUUCAUAAAAAGAAGCAAAAGGCUUUUGGUGCAGAUCUCAAAAACUAUUUGAAGUGCAUGGUACCACAUAUCGAAACUGGGAUUAAGACUUCUAACUCCAGAAAUGUCAUGCUUUCUGCAGAGGAAGUAACACAGUGGUCCCAGUCUUUGGAAAAGCUCUUGGCCAGCCAGAGUGGUCAAAGCAUCUUUCGGGAGUUCCUGAAGUCAGAGUUCAGUGAGGAGAACAUUGAGUUUUGGUUGGCUUGUGAGGAUUACAAGAAAACCAAGUCUGAUCACUUACACGGCAAAGCAGAGAGGAUUUAUGAGGAGUUUGUUCAGUCAGAUGCUAUUAAACAGAUCAAUAUUGACUAUCAGAUGAGGGAAGCAACAGCUAAAAGGGCUCAGGAUCCAACUCUCACAAGUUUUGAUGAAGCCCAGAAAACUGUUUACGUCCUCAUGGAAAGGGAUUCAUAUCCUAGAUUUUUGAAAUCCAAAGCCUACCUGAACCUUUUGAACCAGCUGCAAACCAACACUUCAAAAUGAAGUGUUUGAGGCAGUGAAGAGCCAAGCAGACUCUGUGCUAGAUAUCCUGUGGGAGAGAUCCUUCAAGGUGGUUGGAUCUGGGCAAGGAGAACUCCCGCCUUGGGAGGAGGGGCACGAGGGACAUGCAAACAGCUCCACAGCCAAGAAAAGGCAAGAUAAAAGCUGGCAAGACUGUUACAAGGGUGAGAGCAGCACAGGGAGAAAAUCCUCUCCUCCCAUAUGCUAUGGAGUCAAGACAGGAUAUGGAUACUAUUUAUUGUUUG